UGGAAGCUGGUGUUCAGUUUUUUACGUUUUGAAAAUCUAACGUUUCGAAUAAACAAAAGAACCGAUUUUCUGUGUGACCGAUCCGACACAUAGUUCUUCAAUAAGAAGUGUAUAAAGCUAUUUCCCGCCAUAAGUCAAAAAGGACCUUGUUCAAGAUGAGCUUACAUCCAGGUACAUACAAAGGGCCAUGUGGUCGUGGCAUCUUUGCACUGAAAGACUGGAGCACCCCUCUGAAGAGACCAGAAGCCUUGCGUCAAGCUAAAGCAGAGGAAGUGAGUUUCUGGAAACCUGGCCAGAAGCUGAUGAUGAAGUACAGUUACCAAGGCAAUGUUAACAGCCCCCUGGGUAAGGAGUUGACCAUCAGUCGCAAGUCGCUGGUGGUGUUUGUCUCGAGGUAUGAUGAGCAUUGGAUCAUGGUGAGAGACGAGACGGGCCAGGAGGGAUAUGUACCUGACUCGUAUGUCAUGGCCAACCCUGAGGAAGUGAAAACCUUGCCGUGGUUGGAGGGGCAGCAACAGCAGGCUGUGAAACAGGAAUCAGCUGAGUUCAAGCCCUAUAGAUCGGCAUAUGCUACCAAGGAAUCUAACAGUACCCCAGCUCAAGAUGCUAGUCAGUUUUACUGUAGGGUGUGUGAUAAGCAACUGAAUGGACCUAUACCUUACCAGGUGCACAUGAACAGCAAGGCACACAAAGAAGAAAUGGAGGUACAGGCAAGCUACAAUUGAAGAGUUCUAUUGGAAGAGGCUACAUGUGCUACGUGCUUCAAUUCUAGUCAGGAUAUUUACCAAGGAUGUUAAGAUCAUAUUGAUCCUCAUUUUGGAUGCAUAAUGCAUGUGCAUAAAGUUUCAGCCCUGAUUAGCCUGUGCAGUCUGCAAAGGGUAAUCUGGGAUGACACUUUUCACCCAAACUGUAUUUUUACUAAGAAGAGACUUACUUAAAAACAAAAAUGCCAUACAAACGGAAAGUGUAAUUCCUGAUUAGCCUGUGUGGACUGCACAGACUAAUCUGGGACAACACUUUAGACCAUGCAUUAAGCCCAGUUUUCCCAAAUAAGGCUCAUUCUGAAAACAUGACAGCUGUUAGAUCUUAUUAUCAGUUUCAAAACUUUUUAUGUUUGAUUGUAUCUCACGCUUAGUAUGUUUCUCCAGUUUCUUUUUAUGUCCCCCACUAUAGUAGUGGGGGACAUAUUGUUUUUGCCCUGUCUGUUGGUCUGUUGGUCUGUCUGUCUGUCUGUUUGCGUCAACUUUAACAUUUUGCAAUAACUUUUGCUAUAUUGAAGAUAGCAACUUCAUAUUUGGCAUGCAUGUGUAUCUCAUGAAGCUGCACAUUUUGAGUGGUGAAAGGUCAAGGUCAUCCUUCAAGGUCAGAGGUCAAAUAUAUGUGGCCAAAAUCGCUCAUUUUAUGAAUACUUUUGCAAUAUUGAUGAUAGCAACUUGAUAUUUGGCAUGCAUGUGUAUCUCGUUGAGCUGCACAUUUUGAGUGGUGAAAGGUCAAGGUCAUCCUUCAAGGUCAGAGGUCAAAUAAAUGUGGCCCUAAUCGCUUAUUUUAUAAAUACUUUUGCUAUAUUGAAGAUAGCAACUUCAUAUUUGGCAUGCAUGUGUAUCUCAUGAAGCUGCACAUUUUGAGUGGUGAAAGGUCAAGGUCAUCCUUCAAGGUCAGAGGUCAAAUAUAUGUGGCCAAAAUCGCUCAUUUUAUGAAUACUUUUGCAAUAUUGAUGAUAGCAACUUGAUAUUUGGCAUGCAUGUGUAUCUCGUGGAGCUGCACAUUUUGAGUGGUGAAAGGUCAAGGUCAAGGUCAUCCUUCAAGGUCAGAGGUCAAAUAAAUGUGGCCCUAAUCGCUUAUUUUAUAAAUACUUUUGCAAUAUUGAAGAUAGCAACUUGAUAUUUGGCAUGCAAGUGCAUGUCAUGGAGCUGCACAUUUUGAGUGGUGAAAGGUCAAGGUCAUCCUUCAAGGUCAGAGAUCAAAUAUAUGUGGCCCAAAUCGCUUAUUUUAUGAAUACUUUUGCAAUAUUGAAGAUAGCAACUUGAUAUUUGGCAUGCAUGUGUAUCUCAUGGAGCUGCACAUUUUGAGUGGUGAAAGGUCAAGGUCAAGGUCAUCCUUCACAAUGUCAAGGUCAUCCUACAAGGUCAAACAUCAUAUAGGGGGACAUUGUGUUUCACAAACACAUCUUGUUAAACUUACAUACCACAAAUGUUAGUGUGUUAUGCCACUUUUUUGUUUUACUCAAUUAUCGUUUUAGUUUAAUACUCAGAAUCAAGAUCUCAAUUUUCAUAAGUAUGAUUAUGUUUGUCUAUAAACUCUACCAGUUCAUUAUCAUCCCCUUCCAACAAAAUCAAAGGGGACUUGUGGAUUUUGCUCUGUGCGUCAGUUCGUCACACUUUUCUGGAUCCUGUGAUAACUUUAAAAGUUCUUCAUAUUAUUUUCUUGAAACUUGAAACAUGGAUAGAUGGCAAUAUGGAGAUUAUGCACAUCAUUUUAUUUUUUUCCUACGUGAAGAAUUCUGAUUGCUUUGGCAACAAAUCUACUAGAAAUAUAAACAGAUAGACUAGAAAUGUUGCUGAAAAUAGUAGAUCAUGGAUAACUUUAAAAGUUCUUCAUAUUUUUUCAUGCAACUUAAAACAUGGAAAGAUGGCAAGUUGGAGAUUAUAGACAUAAUUGCAUUUUGUUCCUACGUCAAAAAUUAUGGUUGCUAUGGCAACAAAUAUACUAGAAAAUAUUGCUGAAAAUGGUGGAGUUUUGCAGGAAGGGGACUUAUAUUGUUUGGCAAUAGUCUUAUUUUACCCUUCAUCUAAAAAACAAACAGUAAAGCUAGAAUAUAUUUGAGCCUCGUUCUUGGAAAAAGGGGUUUAAUGAAUGUGCGUAAAUUAUUUCACAGAUGAGCCUGUGCAGUCUGCAUGGGCCAAUCAGGAACGAGACUUUCCCUUUUAUGGUAUUUUUUUGUUUAAAGGAAGUCCAUUCCUAGUAAUAAUCCAUUUAAAGGGAAAGUGUCAUCCCUGUUUAGCCUGUGAGAACUGCACAGGCUAAUAUGGGACAACACUUUCAGCACGUGAUUAAAGCUCUCUUUUCCCACAGCAAGACUCAUUUAAAUUUGGAAGGGGACUUCUCCUGCAUCAACCUUCUGGAGCUUUAAAAAAAGGUCACUAUGUCAAGUGAGAAAAACCUUGUAAACACAGAAAAAGUGAUAUUUUUUCUAAUCUUCACAAAACUUGGUCAUAACACUCAUAAAACCAGAAUCACAACUAAUUCUGAAACUGGUUAUAGUGAGAUCACCCGACACUUGUAUUUUUGCUAUGGCUCAGACCAUCAAUAAUAUUUGGACCAAGUUAUCCCCUGGGCCCAACAGCUUAAUAGGGCCAUUGUGAGGCUCUUGUAAACUAAGAUUAGGCGCAUCUUGCUAACAUGGGUGUUAUUCCAUAUGCAGCCAGCAUAGUUUCCAAACCAGUCCGCAUGUUUGCACAGUCUGGUCAUUGUUUUGUGUCCACUAUGCAGUUUAUACAAGGUUUUGUGUCCAUUAUGCAGUUAUGCAAGGUUUUGUGACACUAUUCAGUUAUGCAAGGUUUUGAGUCCACUAUUCAGUUAUGCAAGGUUUUGUGUCCACUAUUCAGUUAUGCAAGGUUUUGUGUCCACUAUUCAGUUAUGCAAGGUUUUGUGUCCACUAUGCAGUUAUGCAAGGUUUUGUGUCCUUUUUGAAGUUUCCAAUAUUUUGUGUCCACUAUUCAGUUAUGUAAGGUUUUGUGUCCACUAUGCAGAUAUGCAAGGUUGUGUGUCUACUAUUCAGUUACGCAAGGUUUUGUGUCCACUAUUCAGUUAUGCAAGGUUUUGUGUCCACUAUUCAGUUAUGCAAGGUUUUGUGUCAACUAUGCAGUUAUGCAAGGUUUUGUGUCCAAUAUGCAGUUAUGCAAGGUUUUGUGUCCACUUUGCAGAUAUGCAAGGUUGUGUGUCAACUAUUCAGUUAUGCAAGGUUUUGUGUCCACUAUUCAGUUAUGCAAGGUUUUGUGUCAACUAUGCAGUUAUGCAAGGUUUUGUGUCCACUAUGCAGUUAUGCAAGGUUUUGUGUCCACUAUUCAGUUAUGCAAGGCUUUGUGUCCACUAUGUAGUUUAUGCACUGUUUUGUGUCUACUAUACAGUUAUGCAAUGUUUUGUGUCCACUUUGAAGUUAUGCAAGGUUUUGUGUUCACUUUUCAGUUAUGCAAGGUUUUGUGUCCACUAUGUAGUUAUGCAAUGCUUUGUGUCCACUUUGAAGUUAUGCACGGUUUAGUGUCCACUUUGAAGUUAUGCAAUGUUUUGUGUCCACUUUGAAGUUAUGCAAGGUUUUGUGUCCACUUUGAAGUUAUGCAAGGUUUUCUUCUCUCAUUAGCGGACAUUAUGAGUUCUCAGUAUAGAGUUUACGCAUGAAAGGCAUAUCUGGAACUUCACUGUUUGUACAAUGUCAUACAUGGCAGCUCACUUAACACUUUUUGGGGCUUCUUUCUGUACACCAUAUAAUGUUCAUUACUUUGUUUUGUAAAAAAAGGAACCAUUCUGUUAGUUAUAAGUUCAUAAAGUAUUGAAGAAAACA